GGCAAUGAAUGAAUGAGACGAGGAGCGCAGGAGCGCAGGAGGUUCGAGGCGAGGGUGGAGAAAUCGGCGGAGCUCGAGCUGCACGAUCGCUUGCCACUCGGCGAGAACGACAAGCGCGGGCAGGCGGCAGCUGCAGCUGCUGGAUUCUCUGGCAAUCAAUCCAUCGCAGCGCGCUGCCACUGUGGUGGAAUGGGCUUGGGCUUGGGCCUACUGGAGCCGCUCGCCUCGCCACCCGCGCUUGUGACUAGCCCCGAAAUUGCCCCACCCGCGCACUUAUCCCCAGCCCCUUCCUUCGCUCCUCCUUCGCCGUGGGCGCGUGUUGUGUCGGACGAGCUUCUGGUCGUCCUCAUGAGUAGCAGCAGCAGUCGUCGUCGAUCCCGAGUCUCCAAAUCCAAGAUCACCAGAAAAGGUGCAGCAGCAACAGCAACAGCAGCAGCAGGAAGAAGGAGGAGGAGGAAGAGGAAGUGAGUUGAGUUUAGUUGAGUUGAGUUGAUCCCUGGCUGUCUGGUGAAGCGAGGUGGAUCGAUGGUCAGGUGCUAUUGAUUGAUUGCUUGCUUGCUGGCCGCGAGGUGAGGAGCGAGGGGUUGGCAGGCAGGCAGGCAGGCAGGGGGUAGGGAUGGAGAGACAGAAUGUCUUCAAGAUGCCGCAUAGUGAAUCUAUUCUUGUGAUGCUUCUCUUGAUCUCGUGAAUGCGCCUGGACUGAGACGCAGGCAGGCAGGCAGCGAGGCGGGUGCACCUACAGAGCAGGAGAGAGUGUGAGAUUUGUGAGAUUUGUGAGAUUGUGAGAUUGUAUGUGAGAGAGAGAGAGAUUCAAGAGGACGGAGGAGGAGGAGGAGGCUGUUGUGUGAUUGAAUCGGGGCGGAAGGUGGUGAGAAUCACUGCAUCGGAGCGAGUGGAGGGAGGGAGGGAGUGGGAUGGUCAGGGCGGUGCGCGGGUGGUCGGGGCGAGGGGCUCUGUAGGAAAGGCAGGAAGGAAGCAGGUCGAUGAAUUGUGCCGGCGAGCAGGAGCAGGAGCAGGAGCAGGACGAGGAAGAGGGGCUGGAAUUGGCACCGGAAUUCGACAUCGAGGCGCAGGAGGAUUGCUGCCAGAUGGGGUGAAGGACUCAGCGGUCGAUCGAUCGAUCGAUCCUCUCGAGCGACAGCGGGAAGUUUCUGAGAUGUAGACUUCUGUCGUGCGUUCGGAGGCCAUCCGAGUCCAUCCAUUUCUCUGCAUUUGCUCGCUCUCGAUUCGCUCGGAUUCGAUCCGCUCCGCUCCGCCUCGCCUCGCUUCGCUUCCCUUCCGUGCGCGCGUGCCUGGUGACGUCUGGCUCAUAAUUCUUGCAAUCUCCGUGAUCCUCAUCGGGGCAAUCGGUGGGGGCAGGGGCGAGGGCGAGGGCGAGGCGCCAUGGAUCAGGACUACGCGACGGACGAUGGCAGCAUGGAGACGGAACUGCUGCAGCCGGCCAGGCACCGGCUGAAAUUCCCGGGCGCGGUGAAGAAGACGGCCUACAGCUUCGAUGGGCACGGCAAAUUCAGCAGCAAGGACUGGGAUCUGAAGGCGCGAGAGAGCGAGGGCUUCGCGUGGUACCACGUCGAGCUGCCGCGCUCGAACCAGCGCCUGACGCUGGCCGCGCAGUACCUGAUCGACAUUCUGUGCCCGCCGCUGAAGCUGCAGGAGAUUCUGGCGCUGGUGAGCAACGGGCCCUACUGCGGCUCCAUCGAUGGCGCGCUCGUCUUCCGCGUCAACUCGGCCGGCCCGACCACGAGCCAGUUCACGCACAAGAUCGCCGCGCUCGUAACGGACGACCGCGUGAUCAGCGUCUCGCUCGGGCGCAUCCCGCGCCUCGAGUUCUCGGCCGUGACGGCCGAGUCGCUGCUGCACGAGGUGCCGCGCCUCGAGUCCGACCUCGACUCGCUGCUGCCGCAGCAGCAGCCCACGAGCAUCACCACGAACUCGCGCGGCAUCACCAUCCAGGAGCAUGUCCUCGACUUCCUGCUCACCAUGAACCACCCCGAGCACGCCGACAACCCCAUCCCCAAAUGCGUCUCCAAUCUGCUCGUGCACAUCAUCGACACGCACGUCGACCAGCUGCAGGACAUCGUCAUCAAGCUCGAGAUGGAUCUCGACAACGUCGAGCGCGAACUCGACACCGGUGGUUACGUCGUGAAGAAGGAGAUGUUGGACGAUAGACGGUUUCCCAAGAUGCAUCUGGAUUUGCAAAGACUGCUGCAGGUGAUCGCUCAUGGAGAGCAAGUGUUUCCGAGAAUGAAGGAUAAAUGUGCGGGCAAGAAAUGGUGCACUCCGGAAGAUAUUGUCGAGCUGGAUGUACUGGUGGGCCGACUGCAUAAACUGAAGGAGAAUGUGGGCUUCAUCGCCAGCCGGAUCACUGCCAUUCAAGCUGGUCUGGACAGCUGGCAAGCCGAGCAGAUCAAUCGCAAGCUUUACUACUUAUCAUUUUUGUCCAUGAUUUUCUUACCCUUGUCGAUCGUCACUGGAGCAUUUGGCAUGAACGUAGGAGGUGUUCCAUGGACGAAGCAAAACGACCGAACUCUGGCGCAUGGAUUUCGCAAUGUUAUGUUCAUUUGUGCAAUCAUCGUGGUGAUGCUGCUGGCAUGCUUUGGAGCAAGUCCUCUGUAUUCGUACCUGUCCACUCGCAGGAAGAAUCAAGCGGCGAAGAAAAAGUGGCUCGGUAGUAAGAAGUCCAUUCGCAUCAGAAAUGGACAGCGAGGUUCAUACCUGCCACUCAACAACCGCACUAGUUCCAUGUCAAUGUAAAGAUUCGUUAUCUGUGCACUUAGGCACAGAACCUGUAGUAAAAAUUCACACGUAGCCCAUCACAUUCAAAGGGCUGGAACCGGACAUCUGUACAGAGAUCCAGUUCUGUUUUUUCUUGCAGGUUGCAAUCCAAUCCGAUCAGAGUUCCAUUUCGACGGUUUGCAUCGCCGCAUAUCGAGCAUGACUGCAGCUCUUUGGGCCCUCCCUCUUGGUUCAUCCACUUGUACACUAGAUAAUUUUUUGAUAAGGCCCAUCCAUCAUUGUUAAAUGCAGAAUCUGCACCCGGCGGCAGCUGCAAUACUUGCUUCUGCCUCGCAGGGCAGUGCAGAUGCUGCCACAUUAAAAAGUCUGAGAUGUAACGCAAUCCACAGUAAAUAUGUUCGUACUUUCAGACAUAUUCC